AUGGAUGACCGCCAGCCAGAAACCCGCUCAGACACGCUGCAGAAUGUGGCAGAAAAUCUAUUCCAAGAGAUCCAAGAACAUUUUCAAGCUCUAACUGCAACGCUAACCCUCAGGAUGGAAGAAAUGGGGCAUCACAUUGAGGACCUUCAGAAGAAUGUAAGUGAUUUGAUGGUGCAGGCUGGGAUCGAAGCUUCUGUGAAAGAACAAAUGACCGACUAA